GACUGGACAUGGCGUGAAGAUUACCUGGAUUUGAAGCACUUUCCAGACUCCUCAACAAAUAGCAAGAAAAAGAGUCCAGGUGGAAUCAUACAAACUAAACCACAGCAGUGCAAACCAAAAAAGAGGAAUCGGGUUUACUUAAUGUAUAACAUCAAAGUCUAACAUACAUGAUUUAACAUUUUUUGGUAAAGAUAAGAUGACUUUUUAAGAUAGACACCCUAAGUGGAACAUUAGUGUGUGUCAGGUCAUUUAUUUAUUCAGAUGAAUGUUAAUUUCUCCUUUUUUUUGGGAGAGUUACCUUGUAAAUAAACUUAAUUCACACGCAGGGCUCUUCUUUUCAAGGGUCCUGUCGCCAGAUAUUCCUUAAACACAAACGAAAAAGAGCAGUGCAGUUUUUUUUUUAUUAUUUUAGUUUCUACUACUACUUCAGCCAUCAGGGACACAAAUCACUGUGGAGAACAUUGGCGACAUGGCUACGGCAAGCACAGCGAACCCUGCAACGAUGUUGGCCUUAAGCAAAGCAGCGAAUGGGCAACACGGAGAACUGACCAAGCUUGCCGCGGCUUCUCCACAGUCGGGAUUCAGUGGGCAGCAGCUGCCCUCAAACAGGACCAGUAUUCCUCAGAGUAGCAGGGGCAUCAAGUUUGGGGAUGACUGGAAAAAGUGCCUAGAACUUCCUCCAAAAGACAACCGAAUGAGAACAUCGGAUGUGACCUCCACUAAGGGAAAUGAAUUUGAAGACUACUGCCUUAAGAGGGAACUCCUCAUGGGGAUCUUUGAAAUGGGAUGGGAGAAGCCCUCUCCUGUCCAGGAGGAAAGCAUCCCCAUCGCCUUGUCGGGCAGAGAUAUCCUGGCUCGGGCGAAAAACGGAACGGGAAAAAGUGGAGCCUACCUCAUUCCUCUCUUGGAAAGGAUAGACCUGAGGAAGGAUCACAUUCAAGCCUUAGUAGUAGUGCCCACCAGAGAAUUGGCGCUGCAGAUGAGCCAGAUAAGCAUUCAGCUCAGCAAGCACCUCGGCGGAGUCAAGGUGAUGGCUACCACCGGGGGAACCAAUCUAAGGGACGACAUCAUGCGCUUAGACGAAACAGUGCACGUAGUGAUCGCCACACCAGGAAGAAUACUGGACCUGAUGAAGAAGGGUGUGGCUAAAUUUGAUAAGGCACAAAUGAUGGUGCUGGAUGAGGCAGAUAAGCUCCUUUCUCAAGAUUUUGUGGUCAUCAUCGAAGAAAUUAUCAAUUUCCUCCCGAGGAACAGGCAGAUUCUGCUUUAUUCUGCUACCUUCCCCAUCAGUGUGCAAACAUUCAUGACCAAACACUUGCAGAAACCUUAUGAGAUCAACCUGAUGGAGGAGCUCACCUUGAAGGGCAUCACUCAGUAUUACGCUUACGUGACUGAAAGGCAAAAGGUUCACUGUCUCAAUACACUGUUUUCUAAGCUUCAGAUCAAUCAGUCCAUCAUCUUCUGUAACUCCACUCAGAGAGUGGAGCUUCUGGCCAAAAAAAUCACCCAGUUGGGCUACUCGUGCUUUUACAUCCAUGCCAGGAUGAUGCAAGAGUACAGGAACCGCGUGUUCCACGACUUCAGGAACGGACUGUGCAGAAAUCUGGUCUGCACAGACCUGUUCACUCGAGGUAUUGACAUCCAGGCGGUCAAUGUGGUCAUCAACUUUGACUUUCCCAAAAGUGGAGAGACCUAUUUGCAUCGCAUUGGAAGAUCAGGGCGCUUUGGUCACUUCGGUCUAGCCAUCAACUUGAUAACAUCAGAAGACCGCCACAACCUGAAGAGCAUCGAGGACCAGCUGGUCACCGACAUAAAGCCCAUCCCCAGCUGCAUCGAUAAGAGUCUUUAUGUGGCGGAGUUUCACUCUGUGGACGAUGACGACUACGAUGGCAACGAUGAACCCAAAAACACAAAACUCGGUGCAGCUUGAAUGAAUGUGGAAUAACAGAUGGCAAUGGGCCUGGCAUGUAUUUGGCUCAAGACACCAUCUGAAGAUUUUCUGUUGUCACUUUUCAUUUUAUGUUUACAGCAUUUGCCUAAUCUGUACAUGUGCAUCACCCAGUUUCUCUCCUUGCAUUUUUUACAUCACCUGACAUUGAGCACAAGUUACACAACCUCUCCUCGCAGUGGAAGCAUUCCUUUAGACUGUAUUCAUUUGACACACUGAUAGGAUAUCAUGACUAUUUUUUCCCAGAAACCUUUUGAAUAAAUAAUAAUGUGGCUUUUUUCCCCCCCAAAACGGAAGCAUUGCAUUUAUAAGUCAAAUGAUAAAGUACAUUUUUAAUGCAUUUUUUUUCUUCCCCAAAUGUUUUCAGCGUUUUUUUUAAAUUAUUUGACAAAUGUUGAGUUUGUCUUAUUCUUUAAUUUAAAUUUUGGAUUUUUUUUUCUUUUCUUUUCACCGCUGCCAACUGAACAUUUGUAGAUACGAAGCAUGGAUGCAGUUUGAAACUUUCAUUCCAAAACGUUGUGGUCAAUUGCAGUUCCAUCAAUCACCAGCAGGGGCGCUGUCCAUCUGUGAUGAGAAUGUUGAAUUCAAACCGUCAUGACCAAAAGUUAUUCCUCAGUAUAAAAGAAAUGGGCAAGGGUUUAUUUUCUGUGUCAAUGCCAUUGCCUCUGGAAGAACAAAUAAAAGUGACUUGAGCUUUA